AUGUUUAUUCGAAGAAAUCGAGCCCGGGGUCGUAACCACCGACUGCGUGGUCGGUGUCAAGUUCGGCUUUUACAAGCCACGGUUUGGAGAGCCUGACAGUAUAAGCCGGCACUCCCUAGAUUGUCGGGACCACACAGGUCGGCCGAUCAUCAGACAAAGUGACCGAUGGCGCCCAGUAUUAUAUUGGCCCAACAAACACAGUCUUGGCCGAGAAAUACGCACGCAGUCCAGCUGGAGUCAGCCAACCGGAAACACCGGCAAGAUUUAAUUUCCUCUCAUCUUUUUGUAUUCUCGAAUCUUUCUAGUGAUGUUUUUUUGUUAAAACUUAUCAUAUCAAAAAGUUUCCUUCAUGUAUAAAAAAAUACCCCUUCUUGGAAUUCAAAAAAAUUCAGAUCAAGUAGAAAUAAAUUUUGAAAAAGGUCACUUCUAAAAAUCUUCUCGAAAAAAAUUGUGCAUUUUUUUAAAUUUUGCAAACCUUAACCAUGGCGCGUUUAAAAAGUUGCUUUUUCUAGAUAUUUUUUUCGCUAUCUGCUCAAAUUUACAAGUUUUACUCUUUGAGCUAAAUUUUUAGGCAUACUCUGGUACGUAGGCGAUCUGAAGUUACUCACUAUUUUGGAAAAUAACUUCGUUUAAAAAAAUCAUAACUUUCACCUUUUAUUUGACUAGAUGAGCCAAAGUCUUACAAAAGAAAAUCCCAGCUUUCCGAUAAAAUUCAUAAAAAUCCCCCCAUAGGAGUAGUUGCUAAUCGAAGAUGGCGAAACGCGCAGAGCACACAUGCGCAGGCGAGACCGAUUUCCUAGUCGUCUUAAUCUGGCGGCGGUUCAUCUCCGGUCUUUCUGCCGGCAGACUUUCAUCGAGAAUAUGACAUUAAUUGGCGGAUCACUGACUAUAACGCAAGUCUAACCGAGCAAUUAGGUGCGUAUUUUGUUGGCGCAAAACAGUUGGAGAGUAGUACCCUCGAAAUAGAAAGCCUUCGGAACAAAACAGAAACCGAGGACGACGACGACAGUCGGUCGCCUCCCAUGAACGUCAAAACAGGGAGGCGAUUCGUUUCGACACAUUCGUCGGAAAGUCACACCGACAUCAUUAUGCUCGUGUGGACUGUUUCGCGGGCGGCUAUCGGCUCCCGCGAUCUUCAACAGAAACGCCGCUUCAAAAUCUUCCUGCCGUGA